CCCCUGCACGUGGUGGAGUGGGUGCGCCUGGGUUACAGCGUUCCCAUCCUCAUCAAGUUUGGGGUUUACGUUCCCCGGGUUCACCCCAGCUACAAGGGCCGCGUCUCCCUGACCCGGGGGGCCUCUCUGCUCGUGGACCGGCUGACCCCGGAGGACGAAGGCUGGUUUGAGUGCCGCAUCCUGCUCCUGGACAGCAAAACGGACGAGUUCCGCAACGGCACGUGGACCUUCCUCUCCAUCACAGCGCCGCCUGUGUUUAUUAAGACGCCGCCGACCUUCGUGGAGGCCCUUCUUGGAGACUCGCUGACUCUCAGCUGCGGAGCCCACGGAAACCCUCGACCAACUGUUGUCUGGCAUAAAGACGACAACGCAAUUGAGAAACAUGAAAAAAUAAAGGUACUGAAUGGUACCUUGUCUUUGGCCACCGUCACGAGAGAUAUAUCUGGAGUCUACAAAUGUCAGGUGUCCAACUCAGAGGGGAACCUGACCCAUUAUACGCAACUGCAGGUCAAAGGUCCUCCAAUCAUCAUCAUAUCUCCAGAGGACACCACCCUCAACAUGUCUCAGGAUGCUGUGUUGCAGUGCCAAGCUGACUCCUACCCCUCCAACCUCACCUAUGAGUGGCUGAAACAAGGACAGAAUGUCUAUCAUAUUGAAUCCCUCAAGUCCCGAGUGAAGAUUCUGGUGGACGGCACACUUCUCAUCCCUAAUCUCAUCCCGGAAGAUGCAGGCAACUACACCUGUGUUCCAACAAAUGGGAUACUGACUCCGCCUUCUGCCUCUGCACACCUGAAAGUCAAACAUCCUGCGCGGGUGGGCCGAAUGCCCAGAGAGACAUACUUACCUGCUGGCAUGGAGGGAGUCAUUAUCUGCCCAGUCCAGGCUGACCCCCCUGUGCUAUACGUCAACUGGACCAAAGACGGGAAUGAUUUGAACCUUGACAAUUUCCCAGGUUGGAUGGUGAACUCUGAGGGGUCGGUUUUUAUAGCCACAGCCAAUGAUAAUGCUGUGGGGAUGUACACCUGUACUGCCUAUAACAGUUAUGGCACCAUGGGCAAGUCUGAACCAACCCAGGUCAUUCUGAAGGACCCCCCAUCUUUCCGACUAGCCCCUCGAGCUGAGUAUCUGCAGGAGGUGGGCAGACAGCUUAUGAUCCCCUGUUCGGCUAAUGGAGACCCUGCCGCAAACAUAACCUGGAGCAAGAUUGGGCCCACUCCUCGUUCCCCGUACACUGUUUUGGCAAAUGGCUCCCUCCUGCUGCAGCCUCUCAGUAAGGACCACCAUGGGGGCUGGGAGUGCCUGGCCACAAACCGCGUCGCCACAGUCAGUGCUGGCACUGUGGUCAUGGUCCUGGGCACCAGUCCUCACGCUGUAUCUUCGGUGUCUGUAAUCACUGAGAUGAACCAGGCUAAUGUAUCCUGGGUACCCGGCUUUGAUGGCGGAUACACCCAGAAGUUUACUGUGUGGGUCAAGCAAGCAUCCAGAGGGAAGCAUGAAUGGGCAUCCUUGCCAGUGCCCACAUCCAAAAACAACCUGCUGGUCACCGGGCUACAGGCUGGCACCAGCUAUCAGUUCAGUGUUCUACCUCAGAACAGACUAGGCUCCGGACCCUUCAGCGAAAUUGUUUCUGUGAGAACCCAAGCCGUGCCGACAGCGCCACCUUCGGUGAUCAUUGCUCUUCCUACGUUGGAACCACCCAUCCUGCUCUCAGCCAACCGGACAGGUCAAGGUGUUCUCCUGCAGUGGUCUCCUCCCGAGUCCCCGUCCUCCCCGCUGACAGGCUACGUUCUGCAGGCCCGUAGAGACCAGGGCCAGUGGGUCAUCCUCAGCAGUGACGUCAGCGCCAACCAGAGCAAACUGCUAGUGCAAGGACUGCUGAGGGACUCCACGUAUGAUCUGAGGCUGAUGUCUCGCAGCAGUAAGCUACUUAGCGAGCCCAGUGAGACUGUGAAUGUGUCGACCUCCGGAAUGGAGAUGUACCCCCUACGCCAGAGUUUCCUGGAGUUUGUUCCUGAGCCCCUUUUGGCCGGCGUACUGGGUGGAGUGUGCUUUCUGUUUGUGGCCAUCAUCCUCUCUUUGGUGACCGCGUGUUUCAUGAGUAACAGGAGACAACGUAGGCGCAGAAAGAGAAGAGAUGAUCUCCCCUCUGCCUUGCAAAAGAAUUCAUCUCUCGAAGCUCGUUCACCCUCUCAUAGCCCUGACAGUGUCCUGAAGCUGAAGCUGUGCCCACCCCUUCCCUUCUUCCCAAACUCCUCUUCACAGUCCGACCGCUCCUCAUUUGAUAAAGGAAGCCGUGGGGAAUAUCAGGACCAACGAAGACAGCUAUUGUCCAACUCCUCCCCACCACCCCAUUAUACUCUGUUUGAGAGCCACCUUGGGUCUCAGGCUCCCUCACCAUCUGCUCUGGAGUCCAUUUCCAGAGGCCCAGAUGGACGCUUCAUUGUUCAGCCCUUGCAAGAGGGUUCCAGCCCCAACAAGAACAGCAUAAAGAAAGUAAUUCUGCAAAGAAAUGGUUCCGCAAGCACCCCAGGGAGCAACCGUGCAUCAUUUAGGGACUCGCCAAAGUCGAGCACCGUGAGCUCUGAGAGGGGGGAUAGAAAGGAUUCACCAAUUACUGUGGAUGUUCCUGAACUAAGCAGGCCUCCCUCAUCCCCAGGAAGAGUUAAGGCUAUGGCCAGAAACUUCUCUCGUCAUGGCUGCUUCUACUCAGAUGACGAGCAGGGCUCUGAGGCCUUGCUGGAAAGAGCCAGCUUCUACUCAGACAACAGUGAGAAAAAACCAAGUGAUUCCUUAAGAAAGUAUCGUAUACCUGGCCAUGCAGAGGACCUUCUCCCCAGUUUGGGCAGGAGACCCAGGCUUCUGGACAGGGACAGAGACAGGCAGCAUCACUUGGGCUACCAGCCCAUAGAGAGAGAGAGCCAUUUAACCAACACCAGCACCUUGGUCUCUCAACUUGACAGUGAGCUAGACGGGGAUAAUAUUAGCAAGUGUCUCAAACUGGCCAAAGAGCGGGAGGAGAUGGAGAGGGAAUUGGAGAGCUAUAUGGCCAAUAUGAGGACAAGAAGUUAUGGAAGUGAACCUCAUCAGUCCAAAAAUACAGAAAGCCCACACAGGGAUGUUGCCCAGUCAGAGGAGGAGCCUGUAUGGAAACCUCAAGAUAUUACCUUCAGACAAAAACACAGGCCGUCAGGCCAGACAAGCCGGGUGUCUGACUAUAGGAGGGCCUGCUACUUUGGGAAUACAAGUAGCCCUAUGGAUCGGCUUCCUGCCACUCAUAUACAGUGGGAUAUAAGCCCUGUUACCUCUGUCACCAGCCUCAUCCCAGUACAGCUCUCACGAGAAACCACUUCACCCAGGCCCCAGCACCCUCACAAACACAGUGUUAGGGAAACCAUGGAAGACUCUCUCCCUGUAGACACAUCAUACUCUCCAGUUACGCAAAACACUUCCCUCCCUAUGCUCUCUCCUAAUACUUCAGAAAACCCUCCCAUUCUUGGUCUUGGAACCCCCAGCAGAGCCAGGUCAAGGAGCCCUCAAAGAGAGCCAGAUAUUCGUCAUAGAAAGUCUAUGACUCAGGAGGACUGGGGGGAUAAGAGACAUGAUGUUGGAGUUGCCUUAAAGCCCAGAGCUCAUGGUAACCAGCGCUUUGACUUGACUGUUAGAAAUUCUUCAAUAGACAGCGAGAGGCCUGCAAGUCCAGCACAGCCUUCUACUAAUACUGCACAAUAUAGCCAAUCUGAGAGAACAGAAGCAGUGGACUAUCCAGAUAGAAGAUAUCAUAGUCCCUCAAAUUAUUCUACCUUACCUUAUGAUCACAAUGAAGGAGUGGCAAAGGCCAAAGACAGUGAGGAUCAGGGCAGGGAUGACCGCCAGAAUUCGGGGUUUAACACAGAGUUAGAAAGAGAAAGGGUAAGAGCACAGUCCAGGAGGAGUGAUAAAUGUCUUUUCUCUGACAGUCUCAGUCCUAUAUCUCCAUUAACCCUUGUAGAGGAGUGUGAGAGUGACCAGUCCCAGUUUUCUGUCCAUAGAAUAUCGGAGUCCUUCAAGGGGAAGCCUGCUGCACCAUCUUCCAAAAUGUCCCCAUUGCAGACAAGUGCAAUUCUAGAAUACCUGAGCCUUCCAGGUUUUAUCGAAAUGAGUGUGGAUGAACCUGUGGAUGAGACUGAACUCACAGAUACAACCAUGCAAAGUUCAGGCCUAAAGCCAGAAAAAUCUCCUGUGGCUAAACCAGACAUUGCUUCUAAAAACUGUAAAGUUCACAGUCAGGAAAACCAAGAAAUGAACUCAAACCCAAAGACAGUUUCCUUUGAGAAAACCCAAAAUGUGGAUCAAGCAGAAUCAAGUAAAUCCAUCAGCUUAGGUUCACAGAAAUGGCAACACGUUGAGAGUCCAAGGACUUACAUUUCAGAGAAAUGUUACUGGGAUGAGUUCCCAAACCCUGAUGUCAGGGUCAAGUCUUAUAGUUUGGGGCGCGCUCCGUCCUCCUUUCCUAGACCAGGCCCCUUUUGGAGGGAGUAUGCCCCAAUCAGGUGCCCCAGCAUUGGGAGCUUGCAUAGGCUUCCCCAUAAACAAAGAUCUUUAGCUAGCCCUUCCUACCUCACUCCAUCUAUGUACCCACACAGACAGACCUCAGUCUCUAGUAGGCUGGAACCCACCGAUCCCCGACGUCAGGCUACUGUUUUUCCUGAGUCCUCCAGGUGGCCUAUCUCUUUCCAAGACAGCUUGAGGUCUGCUCAGCAUAGUUAUAUCCCUAUGCCCUCCUCCAUUCCGGUACCCCUGCACCAGCACAGGCCUGGCUCCAGGUGUGAUGGUGAGAGACCCAUGGACCACAGCAGGGGCCCUCCUAGGUCCUAUCUGCCCAGGGGUAACAGCUGGCCCUCACCCUACCAAGCACCUUUCCCACCAAGAGAGGUAGAGAGUCACAGAGAACCAGAGAGGAUGUUUGGGAGGGGAGCGGAAACCGAGAUUCGGGAGGGGAGAGAGGGAGGGAGAGCGAGUUAUGCCAGCCAAAGUAGUGGCAGGGGUAGUGUUGGCCUUCUCCGUCAGUCCCUGUCUAUCACACCCACCCUUCUCAGCUCUCCCGAAACUACAGAAGAGAGCGAGAGGCACAGAUUUGAGAUGGAGCUACGUGGGAGGAGAGCGAAAAGAAGGAACACAUCAGUAGAUGAAAGUUAUGAAUGGGACUCUGCUGAUGCCUAUGUGGAUUCGGAUGUCCUGGAGGCCAUGAAGUUUGGUCAGUCACAAAUGGGUCUAGGGAAAGUCAGGGGGGAGCUCAGAUAUGAUCAAACUUGCUCUACCGGUGGCCUCCAGGACCAACAACAGAAAGGCCGGCCUUCCUCAGUCAGCCCACCAGUUGCCAACCCACCUCGUUGCCAGUACAGCCAUUCCCUAAGCGAGGCGCGUUUCAACGCUCUCCGCCUGGAGUACCAAGAAUACAGGCGCGCCCAAGAAUUCGUCUGCUCUCGUGAACCCUGCCAUUCCCCCAGCCCUGAUUCAGACUCUGACUGCAACUCAGCAUUGCUCUAG